CUGUCCAUCCAGGGGUGCCAUCAUGGCGGACGUGGCCAGUCAGGUGCUCCUGGGCUCUGGUCUCACCAUCCUGUCUCAGCCGCUCACAUAUGUGAAAGUGCUCGUCCAAGUGGGAUAUAAGCCUCUUGCCCCAACAAUAGGACGAAAUAUUCUUGGGUGGCAAGUAUGUCAGCUUCCUGGUCUCUCUUGUUAUGCUCAGCACAUUGCAAGCAUGGAUGGGAGGCAUGGGUUGUUCACAGGCUCAACUCCAAGACUGUGUUCAGGAGUCCUUGGAACUGUUGUCCUUGGUAAAGUUUUACUGCAUUACCAGGAAUUCGACAAGGUUGAGGAAUUAGGACCUGCAAAUGUUCAAAAAGAAAGCUCAUCUUCCUUUGACCAAGUUAUCAAAGCGACAACUCAAAAGAUGAUCACUCCUUCUGCUGCUACUCUCAUCACACAUCCCUUCCACGUGAUCACUCUGAGAUCUAUGGUACAGUUCAUUGGCAGAGAUUCCAAGUACUGUGGACUUUGUGACUCCAUAGUAGCCAUCUAUCGGGAAGAGGGCAUUCUAGGAUUUUUUGCGGGUCUAAUUCCUCACCUCCUAGGUGACAUCAUUUCUUUGUGGCUCUGUAACUCACUGGCCUACCUCAUCAAUACCUAUGCACUGGACAUCGAGGUUUCCACUAUGAAUGAAAUGGAAAGUUACUCCCAAACUGUCACAGGAUUUUUUGCCAGUAUGUUGACGUAUCCCUUUGUGCUUGUAUCUAAUCUUAUGGCUAUCAACUGCUGUGGGCUUGCUGGUGGAUGCCCUCCUUAUUCCCCAAUGUAUAGUUCUUGAAUAGAUUGCUGGUGCACGCUACAGAAAGAGGGAAAUAUGAGCCCAGGAAAUAGCUUGUUUUUCCCGAAGGUCCCCUUUGGGAAGACUUAUUGUUGUGACCUGAGAAUGUUAAUUUGAAGAUGUGGGACAGGGACAGUGAGAUUUCUAUAGUCCCAGACGCACAGAAUUUUGGGAGAAAAAUAUUGAUUUCUAUACAGUUGGCAUGCUUUUUUAAUAAUCAUUUAAUCUUGGAA